UACAACUUUUGUCUAUGGUCGAGUGUAUGGUGAUCACUUAACCUAAAGAUGUGUUCCUGAUGGUUAAGAAUAAUUUGUAAUAACAUCGACUUUUUCUCAAUAACACUCCUUUUUUCUUCUAUAUUUGUUCAUAACGUAAAUUGCACAUAUCGCGCCAGUCGCGGUAAAUACGUGCGAACGUCGCGAAUUAACGUUACAGGAAGUGACAGCACGCAACUGAUCCCGACCUUCGUCGAGGAUUAUAUAAAUAAUAGUUUUGCAGACUAAUUAUAAUGCUGCAAUUUAGCGCAACUCUCUAUUCUGUAACCGCCAGACUUACACCGCGCUCAUCCUGGCGUUUCACUGCUCUCAUAGCCAACAACUUCAGCACAGCAAUCAUCAGUAAACAACCUACUACACUUAUAAAGGAAGAUAAAAGUUCCAAGUACUCUAAGAUACAACAGAAUGUCUUACAGAAAAAAGAACAGCAUAAAUUUGACAAGAUAGAUUCUCAGACAAAUAUCAAUUUAUCUGAAAAUACUGUAAAUGACAAGUUUACUGUAACUUUUCUAGCUGCCAAGUCUGUAGAUGACUUGUUAGACAUGGCAAUGUUAUCAAAUUUGUCUACAUCUAAUGCACUGAAGCUUAUAACGGAAAUAAACAGUAAAAUAAACAGUGAGAAAUCAAAAGCAGUGAAUAUUGAAGCCGACCAAAGGUUUAUACAUCUUAAGAAAAUAAUUAGGGCCAAUAAUCAGAUAAAACUUAACACAGGAACAUCAUUUAGUGAUGAUCUGUCACAGUAUACUCAAUUGUCCACACCUGCAAUGAUUACUAUGAUAGCUUCUUUGAGCGAACAAGGAAAGAGGAACACACCAUUAUUAAGAUUGUUGUCAUAUAAUAUUAUCAAAUAUAACAUGAAAUUAAAUGUGAAGCAGUGCGCAACUUUGUUGUAUAGUAUGGCUGUAUUGAAUUUUUUAGAUAAGGCACUAUUAGAAAAAAUCAUGGCUGACUUGCUGCAAUGUAUACCAAAAAACAUAAAUGCUGUUACAAAUAAAUCUAUUAUAACUUCGCUGGGAUUCCUGCACUACAAGAAUGAAGAUGUACUCGACAUAUUCUGCGACACGCUCUUCAAUAAAUCGAUAAGUUACAAAUUGCAAGAUUACUCGUCAAUUCUACAAACAUUUGCGGCUCUGCAGUAUAAGUCACAGAAAGUGAGCGCUUUUAUCGAGAAUUUCAUGCAACUAAUGGAUCCGCUUAGUGCAAACUUGACAGAAUGGUUGGACAUUGUUUGGUCUUUAACUGUCUUGGGCUUUGUGCAGCAGCAGCAUGUAGAAUCCGUGUUGAAACCUUUAUUUAUAACGAUGCUGAAUGAUUCUACUAAGUUGAAUAUGUCGAAAAAAUUAAAAUUAUUAAAUAUCAAUGCCUUCGCGCAGUUUGCACUGAAAGAUUAUAAAGGACCACUUUUAAAUAAAUAUUCUGAAGAGUUUAAGGAUAUAUCCUUAAUUAGAGCAAAAGGAAAGCAAGUGUACAUAAAUGCAUUGUCAGAGACACUGAAAACAUUGCUUCCAUCACCAUCUCACUUUAAAACGGAUAUCGAUACAAAUAUGGGGUUUUUAUUAGAUGCUGAGUAUCGUAUAGAUGAUCAACUUAAUCCCAUAUCAAAAGAAAAUUGGAAUAAACAAGCUAAAGAUGUGAGAAGGAUAGGAAUAAUGGUGCAUGAUUAUCAUGAUUAUUGUCGAGGACAAGAUGACCUCCUGGGAUCAAUAUAUUUACAAACACAGCUGUUAAAAGCCCAGGGAUAUGAUCUUUUAACAAUUUCGUACAAGAAUUUUAGUAUACAAGAUAAGCUUGUAAAACGAAUCAGUUACUUGAAACAAUGUAUGAAAGAUGUACAAGAAAAUAGAUCAACAUAA